AUGAUGACCCCCCCUACCUCCUUAUCAAACGUCCGUGAAGCGACGAGCUUCAUUUUCGGAGGACACAUCGGGCCACAAAGCAAAAACUCGCUGGAGAGACAGGUGCGGCAGAUCGUGGACGGGGCAAAUGGACAAUGGAUCCUGGAGACCUUGGCCGGCUUGCCCCGGUACUGGGAAGCCCUGACAGAGAAGAUCCCCGAAGUGGCCAGCACAAUGCAGGGUGCUCGUCUGCUCGCCGAUCUCAAUUUGUGGUUUCGACAUGGCCCAGACUCUGUGGAGUCGCUGGCUGCAGACGCGGAGAUACCAGAUCUUUGGAUCGGGGUUCUGAUGGUCGCUAUUCAACUGGACCAGUACUGGCGCUAUCUGGAGUUUCGAUUCAACGGUCCGACUGGAAAAGGUGUGGACGACCUGCAGGCAGAGCUGGUGAAGCAGCAACAGCAACAGCCUGGCGGAAGCAACAAGGCCGAGACAGUGGGUUUCUGUGCUGGCAUGAUCGCCGCCGUCGCCGUCGCCAGCUCCCACAACCGACAGGAAUUUGAAAAGUACGGCGCCGCGGCGUUACGCAUCGGCGCGCUGAUGGCGGCCCUGGUAGGAGCCACCGAGGAGUGGACUAAGAGGGUCGGCAAAGGCGGGUCCGUCUCCUUGGCUACGGCGUGGAGAACCCCUAAGCAGGGCGAGGAUAUGGCGCGCAUCGUCUCGAAAUUGUCUCCGGAUGCCUACAUCUCAGUACUCUUUGACGAGUCCCGAGCCACCGUGACGGCGUCGGAGCGCCUCGCGUCCAAGCUGGUCAGACAGCUUCGGGCAGCUGGCGUCACGGCCAUACCGCUCGCCUUCAAGGGUCAGCUCCACACACCCACAGCAGAGCGGGAACGCCACACCGAAGCUUUGAUCGAAGUGUGCCACUCGAUGCCUGAGCUGCAGUUCCCGGACGCUGCCCAGCUGGCAUUGCCCACUUACCUCGACCACCCGGAGGGGAAGCAAGUCUCGGGGGAAGAAGUCGACUUGGUUGGUAUGGUGCUGCGCUCUAUCCUGACGAAGCAGUUAAACUGGACAAGCACCGUCUCGAAGCUUGCGGCCAACAAGGAGGACAUCUCCCUCAUUGCCUAUGGGCUCGACCGCCCUCUGCCGCCCACCAUUCUGCGCGCCUUCGGUUCGAAGCAAGUACACUUCGAGGAUGUCGAGGAGGACAUAAACAAGUCAAUUGUGCACCUGCACCAACAACGACAAAGCAACAAUGACACGGCGAACGGCUCCGAUCCUGUCGAAGCAGUCCAGGUCGCAGAACCGAGCAGACCCAGUGUCAAGCCAGAAGAAGAUUUGGAAGAUGUGGUUGCGAUUGUGGGCAUGUCCAUCAAGGUUGCGGGUGGCGAAGACCUGAACGAGUUCGAGCAGAUGCUCAAGACCGGCGAGUCGCAGCACGAGGUCAUCACGCGCGAGCGGAUGACCCCCGACAUGUUGUUCCGCGACAAUGCCGACCCGGACAGGAAGUGGUAUGGCAAUUUUAUGCGCGACCCGGAUGCUUUCGAUCACAAGUUCUUCAAGAAGAGCCCGCGCGAAUCAAUGGCGAUAGACCCGCAGGGCCGGCUUUCACUGGAGGCGGCGUACCAAGCUCUCGAACAGGCCGGGUAUUUCAACGAGUUGGCCUCGACACGCGCGGCUGAGCUUGAAAGACGGAAGCACAUUGGUGUUUACGUCGGCCUCUGCUCCUACGAAUACGAUGUCAACAUCCAUUGCCAUCCGACCAGCGCGUUCACGGGGACGGGGGAGCUGAGAAGCUUCAUCCCCGGGAGAGUGUCACAUUACUUCGGAUGGACGGGCCCAUCGUUGACGUUUGAUACAGCAUGCUCGUCGUCGACGACAGCCCUUCACAUGGCCUGCCGGGAUCUGCUGUCAGGCGAAGUCCCGGCGGCGCUCUGCGGUGGCGUCAAUGUCUUGACCAACCUGCAAUGGACACAAAACCUCGCCGCCGGCAGCUUCAUCAGCCCGACAGGCCAGUGUAAACCCUUUGACUCUGAUGCCGAUGGUUACUGCCGCGGCGACGGGAUCGCCUACGUCUUCCUGAAGAAGCUAUCAACCGCCAUGGCCGACGGGAACACGAUCCUGGGGACCAUCCGCUCUACAGGUAUCAAUCAGAACCUCAACACGACGCCACUGUUUGUUCCCAACGUACCUUCGCUAUCGACACUAUUCAAUGAUGUAAUCCGCAAAGCUCGCGUAGACCCACGUGACAUUUCGCUGGUCGAGUGUCACGGCACUGGCACACCCGUCGGAGACCCUGCAGAGUGGGAAAGCAUACGGAACGCUGUGGCUGGUCCUCUACGCGAUACUGCUCUGCCCAUUGGCUCGGUCAAGGGUCACGUCGGCCACACGGAGGGCGCGUCCGGCCUCAUCUCCCUCAUCAAGGUGCUCAUGAUGAUGCGAGGCAAUUUCAUCCCUCCCCAAGCAAGCUUCAAGAGCAUGAAUCCCAAUAUCCAUGCGCAGCCGUCAGACAACAUGGAGGUUGUCACGUCGUUGCGGUCCUGGCCAGGGGACCGAAAGCUGGCUCUGCUCAACAACUAUGGCGCCUGCGGAUCCAAUUCGAGCGUGGUGGUUGCUUACUCGGCUCACAAGCCUGCCAAAACCUCCUUGGCCGGAUCGUCGGCUCGACUGCCCUUCUGGAUCUCAGGCUUCGAUGUCCGCAGCAUUGCAGCGUACAGCACCGCGUUGGCUCCCUAUCUCCGCUCACACGCUGGGCCCGAAGAUGGACAAGCCAAGCUUGCUGAUGUAUCGUUCAACAUGAAAUGGCAAUCGAACCCCGGCUUGCCUCAAGGGCUGAUCUUCAGCUGCAGUUCAUUGGACGAGCUACAGGACAAGCUUGCUAAGGCAUCCGCGGCUACCAAGGAGACAGCUGCCAGCAUCGGCAUUGCGCCUGUGAAGCCUGAGCGACCCGUCGUCCUAUGCUUUGGGGGCCAGGUUUCGACAUUCAUUGGCCUCGACCGCGCAGUAUAUGAAGGUGCAGCAGUGUUGCGGCAUCACCUGGAUAACUGCGAUGCCGCCAUCAAAUCUCACGGCCUAGACAGUAUCUACCCCGACAUUUUCGCUUGCGAGCCUUAUCAGGAUGUAGUCAAGCUCCAGACAGCCCUCUUUGCUAUGCAGUAUGCCUCAGCCAAGAGCUGGAUAGACUGUGGGCUCGCCGACAAGGUAGUAUCCGUCGUGGGCCAUAGCUUUGGUGAGAUAACAGCACUCUGCGUGGCGGGCGUGCUGAGUCUGGAAGACACAGUCAAACUGAUCGCUGGUCGGGCUAAGCUGGUGCAGAGCGCUUGGGGACCUGAUCCGGGCGCCAUGAUGGCCAUCGAGGCUGACGAGGCGCUUGUGCAUGAUCUCCUGAAGGAGUCAAACCUGGGAUCCGACGGAUCAGCUGGCAUCGCCUGCUAUAACGGUCCUCGCAGCUUCACUGUCGCUGGAUCGACCAAAGCCAUUGACGCCUUUGCCACCACGCUGGCUGGAAAAGGCAGCGCGGUCGAGGGCGUCAAGAGCAAGCGUCUCAACGUCACCAAUGCCUUCCACUCCGCAUUGGUAGAGAGCAUCGUCGACCGCCUCGGAGAGGUCGGCAAAGGAGUGACCUUCCACGAUGCCGUCAUUCCAGUAGAACGUGCCACCGAGCAUGGCGACCCGGCGGCCCGACUGGACUGGACCUUUGUCGGCUCCCACAUGCGCCAGCCAGUCUUCUUUAACCACGCCGUACAACGGCUCGCAAAGAAGCAUCCGCAGGCCAUCUUCCUUGAGGCGGGUUCCAACUCGACCAUCACGGUCAUGGCAUCGCGUGCACUUGCUCAGACGGCGCCAACGCAUUCUGAUGGGCUCCACUUCCAAUCUGUGUCCAUCACCAACACCCAGAGGGGCAUCGACAGACUCACAGAUGCAACUGUAGAUCUCUGGAAACAAGGCCUACGUGUGUCUUUCUGGCCACACCACCGGGUACAGUCGGGAGAGUAUGCGCAGCUCCUCCUGCCGCCAUACCAGUUCGAGAAGUCGCGACAUUGGCUCGAGCUCAAGUCGCCAAUCGAGCAGGCUAUCAAGAUCGCCCAAGACAUGAUCGGAAGCAAUGGGCUGCAGCUGGCGGCGGGACAGGCACAGCAAGGACAAGUCGAUCCUAAGACCCUUGAUCUAUGGACCUUCAUCGGCUUCCAGGACCACAAGAGUGGCACCACCAAGAAGAAGACAAAGCUGGCUCGGUUCCGCAUCAACACGGCCUCAGACAAGUACCAGCGCCUGUUCGCGACCCACGUUAUCGCCAAGACGGCGCCCAUUGCUCCAGCCACGCUUGAGAUCGACAUGGCCAUCGAGACCCUUUUCAGCCUGAAUCCGCAAUGGAGACCGAAUGGCUUCUUCCCGGUAGUCCGCGAUAUGCUCAGCCAUUCGCCUAUCUGCGCCGACUCGACGCGCGACUACUACAUCGACCUUGAGCCGCUCGACAAAGCCGAAACAGAGUGGUACUGGACCAUCCACAGCGUCGGCGCUUCCCCUGCCGACGACAAGCACGCUGAGGGACGCAUCAACAUGUGCUCGCCAUCCGACCCGGCCGCUCUCCAAGAAUUUGGACGCUGGGAGCGCGUGGUCAGCUACGCCCAGUGCCAAGCCGUUCUGGCGUUGGGCGCGGACGAUGAGGGCGUGGAGGCGCUCCAAGGCCGCAACGUGUACCGAGCCUUCGAAGAAGUGGUCGACUUCGGCUCCGUGUACCACGGCGUGCGGUACGUGGUGGGCCGCGACGACGGCGAGAGCGCGGGUGUCGUGCACAAGCGCCACGCCGGCGACACCUGGCUUGAUGUCCCCAAGGCAGACUCGUACGGCCAAGUUGCGGGCAUGUACGUCAACCUGCUGACGGACAUCCCGGCCAGUGACAUGUUCGUUGCCACGGGCCUCGAGCUGGUAAUGCGCUCGCCAAAGGCUCAGACUGUAACUGACGGCCGUGAGCAUGGUCCUGGUGUCUGGCAUGUACUCGCUCGCCACGCGCGCCAAAAUGAAAAGUCCUACGUGACGGAUGUCUUCAUCUUUGAUGCCUCAACGGGUGCCCUGGCUGAGGUUAUUUUGGGCCUGAAAUAUGUCCGCGUUCCCAAGGCCACGAUGAGCAAGAUCCUAGCGCGGGUUACGAAAGAUAAGUCGUUUGUGAGAAGUACCGCAGCGGCUCUGCCAUCGUCUGCCCGACCUCUUGCCACCCUUGACGGGCCUACCAACGCCGCUAGUCCAAGCUCCCAACCGGCGCCGCCCCAAUCCCGUCCCAAGGCAAAGAGAACCAACAAUAAAAAGGCAAAGCCUGCCAGUGGGCCGCGCGAUAUUGCAAACGAGGUGCGCGACGUGGUCGCCAGCGUUUCCGGCAUCGAUGCCAGCGAAAUGACCCUCGACAGCGAGAUGGCUGACCUGGGCAUUGAUUCGUUGAUGGGCAUGGAGCUGGCGCGCGAGAUCGAGAAUACCUUCCACUGCACGCUCGACCACGCUGAGACGAUGGUAGCCACCAGUCUCCGCGAGUUCGUUGCCUGCGUGUCGAAUGCUUUGGCGAGAGCCGGAGGUGGGAAGCACGUGGAAGAAGAGGAUGACGACGAAGAUAGCGACGAUGACACGGCAACCGAAGAGAGUGAUCUUGCGCUCUCAGACUCGGGGGACGAAGACACAACCUCUGAUAUCUCUACUCCGGAUGACGCCUCGGACUUCACCAGCAAAAGUCAAAAUUCGGUCAGUGAUUCACCUGUCCCAGCGGCGAAAGUAAUUAAUAGGGGUGAUGUAGCAGCCCGAGAGGCAGAGGCACUGCGCCUAGUGGCAGCCUACACGACCGGUUGGGGGUCGGCCGCACUUGAGGCUGCGGCGAAAGGCACUGUCAGCACCCGCCCCAGUGCUGGAGCUGUGGUGGUCGUGACGGGCGCUUCGGGCAGCCUUGGGUCGCACAUUGUUCAAACACUCGCCGAGCGGCCGGAUGUCGCAACUGUCGUUUGCAUCAACCGCGCCAUCAGUGACGUACCCGCCGACAAGCGGCAGGCGGAGGCGCUAUCUUCGAGAGGCAUCGAGCUGUCCCCAGCCGCACGCGAGAAGUUGCGUGUAUAUGGUACCGACACCUCCAAGCCAAAGCUCGGUCUAUCAGACGAGGAGUACACCUGGUUGGCGCAGUACGGCACCCACAUCAUCCACAACGCGUGGCCCAUGAGCGCCACGCGGCCACUCAAAGCUUUUGAGCCCCAGAUUAAGGUGAUGCGGAACCUGCUGGACCUGGCGCACGACAUGGCAGUAGGAAGCGAGCCGCGCAAGAUCGGUUUCCAAUUCAUCUCCUCAAUCGGCGUGACCGGCUUCUCGGCCGAAUCCAACGUGCUUGAGCAGGCGAUGCCCAUGGCGGCGGUGAUCCCCAGCGGCUACAACGAGGGCAAGUGGGUGUGCGAGCGCAUGCUCACCGACACGCUGCGCCGUCACCCGCAGCUCUUCCGGGCCAUGGUGGCACGGCCGGGCCAGAUUUCCGGGUCGACCACAAGCGGCUUCUGGAACCCAGUCGAGCACUUUGCUUUCGUCGUGAAAAGCGCUCAGGCGCUCAAGGCGUUUCCCGACCUGCGAGGUGUGCUGCAUUGGCUGCCCGUGGAUAAAUCCGCCAGCGUCAUGGUCGACCUGCUGAAUAUCGACAAUCGCGAUGAUGCGACAGAGGCGUAUCCCAUCUAUCACGUCGACAACCCCGUCGGCCAGCCGUGGAAAGAAAUGUCAACGGUCCUGGCGGCUGCGCUGGAUAUUCCUCCCCACGGCAUCGUGCCCUUCGAAGAGUGGAUUAAACGGGUUCGCCAAUCGUCUCUCUCCCCGGCGGAGAACCCGGCCGCCCUCGCCCUGGGCUUCCUCGACGGCCACUUUGAGCGCAUGGCUUGCGGUGGUAUCGUUUUGGACACGCAAAGAUCAAGUGAGCAUUCCAAAACAAUGGCCACGGAAGGGCCAGUGAGUGCUGAGGUGGUGCGGUCCUAUGUGUCAUCUUGGAAGGCGAUGGGUUUUCUUAGUAAUUGA